AUGUUGAAUCUGCUGGUUGGACUGCUGUCCCUGCUCAGUGGACACACGGCGCGGACCCAGGAAGCCACAGGUAGCCGCUUCGUGUGUAACGCCAUCCCCCCGGGCGCUGAGCCGGGCUGCGGGUACUUCUCUACGCUGAACCGCGUCCAGAGCAGCAGCCCCCCGGAGGACGAGCUGCGGAACACGAUCCUCCAGCUGCGGGAGACCAUCCUGCAGCAGAAGGAGACCAUCGUGAGCCAGCAGGGGACCAUCAAGGAGCUCAACUCCAAGCUGGCGCGCUGCGAGGCGACGGCUGACGUGUCGCCCCAGGGCAAGUCCCGGGGUCAGGGCUCCAGGCGGAAGGAGCUCGGCAAGAACACCAUGGGGGACCUGCCCCGGGACCCCGGCGACUCCGUGGACCAGCUCGGCAAGACCAUGCAGAGUCUCAAGGGUCGGCUGGAGAACUUGGAGCAGCAGAGUUUGCGUCUCCCCAGCACAAACGUGUCAGCCGGAGGUGUCUCUGCCCUGACUCCCCUGCCCCCCGAGCUGCGGGAGCUGCUGCGGCAGCGUCUCGGGGCGCUGGAGACCCAGCUCCUCCGGAAGGUGGCUGAGCUGGAGGAGGAGAAGAGCCAGCUCUACAAUGAAACAGCGUCCCACCGCCAACGCACCGAGAGCGCUCUCAAUUCCCUCCUGGAGAGGAUCACUGAGCUCGAGAAAAGUAACAAUGCCUUCAAGUCCCCUGAGGAUUUCAAGGUGGCCCUCCCUCUUCGUACCAACUACCUGUACGGCCGCAUCAAGAAGAGCCUCCCCGAGAUGUACGCUUUCACCGUGUGCAUGUGGCUCAAGUCCAGCGCCAGUCCCGGCAUCGGCACCCCCUUCUCCUACGGCGUGCCAGGCCAGGCCAAUGAGAUCGUCCUCAUCGAGUGGGGGAACAACCCCAUCGAGCUGCUGGUCAACGACAAGGUGGCCCAGCUCCCUUUGUCAGUGAGCGACGGGCGCUGGCAUCACAUCUGCAUCACGUGGACGACCAGAGACGGCUUCUGGGAGGCGUACCAGGAUGGCGAGCGUCUAGGCACCGGUGACAACCUGGCCCCCUGGCACCCAAUUAAACCUGGAGGGGUGAUCAUCCUGGGACAGGAGCAGGACGUGGUCGGAGGCCGCUUCGACGCCACGCAGGCCUUCGUGGGCGAGCUGAGCCAGUUCAACAUGUGGGACCGGGUGCUGCGGCCCGUGGACAUCGUGGGUCUGGCCAACUGCUCGGCCUACAUGCCGGGCAACGUGGUUCCGUGGAUCGACGCUAACGUGGAAGUGUUCGGCGGCGCGAGCAAAGCCGCUCUGGAGAUCUGCGAAGAUCGUGCUUUUGAGUCCUAA